AUGGAGUCGCUCAACCUCAACACUCUGGCUUCGUCUCUGCCGCCGUCGAGCAAUGCUGCGACGGAGAAGGCUCUGCUGGAUGACUUUAAGGUCGCUGCAGCGAGCGUAACGAAGCUCUACCGCUCCUCCCUGAAAGCGAGCAAACGGACGUACAACAAAGGCUACGCCGACGCGUGCCAGGAGAUCCUGCAGAUGAUCCAGCACGGCGUCUCCGACCACGAGGACGCGGCGGUGCACGUCGGCCGCGUCAUGGACUGGCUCGAGGCGCGCCUGGAUGCGCUCAAGGCGCGCGAGGAGGAGGAAGACGAGGAUGAGGAUCGGGGCGGCGCGGGGAUGGGCGCGAAGCCGGCGUCUACGCUGGUGCGCGCGAGCAGCGCUCCUGCGCCUGCGGCGCUUAACCCCUCCAGGGAUUCUGCUCGUCUCGUGCCGUCUAAAUUAUCGCAAUCCAUCACCUCUUCGCCGCCCUCGCCGCCCCUCCGACCGUCUUCGUCCCCUCAGAUCCCGACCACAUCCACAUCUCGCCCCAUCAAGCCUCGGCCGAACACCUCACAACGCGCGCCAGACGUCCCCAUCGCGCCCGACAUCACCGACAUGCCCGCGCCCGUAUCUAUCCCCGCGCCCGACACCUUCUCCGUCUCUGCGGGCGCCAAGCGCCGGCACGCUAUGAUGAUGAUGCUCGAUCAGACCGCACCGAAUGAGCCGGCUUUUUUAUUCGCUUCUGAACUCGCCGCUCGUUACUUACAAGUCUCAGUCCCGGCCCGUCUCGACCACAUGCUUUGUAGUAGUAGUAUAACCCGCCCACACGUCCUACGCCCCAUUCAAUCACCAUUACCAUAG